CUCUGCUGAAACGGUCGCAGACAGUCAGAGCGAAGCAAGGGAGGAUAUUACCCGCCUUCUACCUCAAUACCCAAUAACUACUCAAUACACAGCGCGUGUGGGAGAAUCAGUCAGGAUCAUAUGUGGCCAAACCAGCAGCUACACAGGUCUUAGAAGCAUCUGCCAUCUUCAGUCUUGAAAGUGGCCACAUUUUCCAGCACUUUUGUGUCAGAAGACGUGACUGAAAGUGUGCAAGUCUGUAGGAAGCUGGGACGGGAGGGGUCAGCCAAUCGGAGGUGAGAGAUGAGGACACAAGGGCGGUGGGCGGCACUGGCAGUGUUGUCAAUAAUCUUGCUGCUGUCAAAGGAGGCGGCUCCAAUUGAAGUCCCACUAGACCCAAAGAUCCAGCAAGAGCUGAAACAGCCCCCUACCAUUGUGAAGCAGUCGCUGAAGGACUACAUUGUGGACCCCAGAGAUAACAUCAUCAUUGAAUGCGAGGCCAAGGGGAACCCAGUGCCAACGUUUCAGUGGCGGCGAAAUGGGAAGUUCUUUAAUGUGGGGAAGGACCCACGGGUCACCAUGAGGAAACGUUCAGGAACUUUGGAGAUCAAAAGUAGCGGAAAACCAGAAGAUUAUGAAGGAGAGUACCAGUGCUUCACCUCCAACGACUUUGGCACGGCAAUUUCCAACAAAAUCCUGCUACGAGUGUCCAAGUCUCCGCUGUGGCCAAAGGAGGUACUGGAGCCGGUGACUGUGCGUGAGGGGGCCUCACUCGUCCUGCCCUGCAACCCACCUCCAGGCCUCCCCCCUCCAGAAACCUUUUGGAUGGACAGCUCCAUUAUGCCUAUAGCGCAGGACAAGCGGGUUUCAAUGGGCUUGAAUGGUGACCUAUUCUUCUCCAAUGUUUUGGCGAAGGAUGCCAGCACAGACUACAGCUGCAACGCUCGGUUCGAGUUCACACACACCAUUCAGCAGAAGAACCCUUUCAUCCUUAAAGUGCUAACAAAGGAGCCUUAUAAUGACACCUUUCUCAACUCCACUGACCUGUAUGGUGCACGUAAUGUGCCAGAAACCCAGCCUAGCUUUCUGUCUCCAAAGGGGUCAUCCAGCUCCAAGAUGGUCCUCCGAGGAGAGCAGCUUCUUCUGGAGUGUAUAGCAGCUGGAGUCCCAACACCUACCAUUAACUGGUUUAAAAGAGGAGGAGACCUGCCAUUACAAAAAGUCAAGCUUGAAAACUUUAAUAAGACAUUACGCAUCCACAAUGUAUCCGAAGAAGACUCUGGUGGAUACACCUGCAUGGCCAGCAACAAGAUCGGCAGUAUUCGCCACUCGGUUGAAGUUCAGGUCAAAGCUGCUCCUUAUUGGCUAGAUAAGCCCACCAAUCUGGUGCUUGCUCCUGAUGAGAGUGGACGAUUAGUGUGUCGUGCCAGUGGGAACCCUAAACCCACUAUCCAAUGGCUGGUAAAUGGGGAACCUAUAGAGAGUUCACUGCCAAACCCAAACCAAAAAGUUCUUGGUGACACCAUAAUAUUCAAUUCAGUGCAGAUUGGCAGCAGUGCAGUGUAUCAGUGCAAUGCCUCCAACGAGCAUGGUUACCUACUGACCAAUGCAUUUGUCAACAUCCUGGACAUGGCUCCACGAAUGCUAGGCCCAAAGAACCAGCUGAUCAAAGUCAUUGAAAAUAACAGGACCUUCCUUGACUGUCCUUUCUUUGGUUCACCAAUCCCUUCACUGCGCUGGUUUAAGAAUGGCCUAGGCAGUGGUCUGGAUGGUGGUCAGUACAAACUGUACCACAAUGGUACUUUGGAGAUCACACAAGCUCGGCCAGAAGACCAGGGCACAUACACCUGCGUCGCCAGCAACAUCCUGGGCCAGAUGGAGAAUCAGGUGCGCCUGGAGGUCAAAGAGCCUACAAGGAUAGUGCGAGUCCCAGAGCAUGUCACCAAACCUAGAGGAAGCACGGUUCGCUUUGACUGUCAAGAAAAACAUGAUCCAUCCCUCCCUGCUACAGUCACAUGGCUGAAAGAUGAUAAGCCUCUAAGCUUCAGCUGGAUGGGCCGGUUGAAAAAGGAUGAUCAAUCCUUGAUUAUUACCAAUAUAAAUCCAGAUGAUGGGGGAACCUACACAUGCACUUCUAAAACUGAAAUAGAUGAAGACUCUGCUUCAGCUCGCCUUACAGUUAUAGAGGAUGACAUCUCAUCUGCCUCAAAUCGUAGUGCCUCUGCAGGUCGACCCGACCCCCCUCAGGAUCUUGAGCUAUCUGACCCAUCAGCUCGCAGUGUCAGACUCACCUGGGUGCCUGGGGAUGAAAACAACAGCCCUGUUACACAUUUCCUAGUACAAUUUGAAGAGGACAGGUGGGAGCCGGGGAAGUGGCAGAACCUGUCUACACAUGAUGGCAACCUAAACUCAGUUAACCUGCAGCUAUCACCCUUUGUCAACUACCAGUUCAGAGUUAUUGCAAUCAAUGCUGUGGGCCAGAGUCAACCCAGCCACCCCUCUGCACGCUAUCAGACCAGUGGAGCUCCUCCUGAUGUUGUCCCAAGUAAUCUUAAAGGCUGGGGAAGUAAGAAAAACAAUAUGGAGAUCACAUGGCAGGCCCUGCAGAACACUGAAAGGAAUGGGCCAAACCUGCGAUAUGUGCUCUGCUGGAGAAUGAAAGACACAGAGGAUGAGUGGAACAACAUAACCACCACCAAAGCGAAGCACGUUGUUCAUACUGCAGACACCUAUGUUCCUUAUGAGAUCAAAAUACAAGCUGUGAAUGACUUUGGACAUGGUCCGGAGUCAAACGUAGUCAUUGGUUAUUCUGGGGAAGACAAACCAUCCGCUGCACCAACAGCACUUAGAGUGUCGAAGAUAAACAGCACAAAAGUAAAUGUUCACUGGACCCCUGUGGACUCCAGCACUGUGAAUGGAGAGUUUAGGGAGUACAAGUUGUACUACUGGCGGGAGGCCAGCCUGAUAAAGGGCCAGAGGGUGAACAAGACAAAGCUGCAUAAAGGUUUCUUCACAACAGCAGACCAUCCAUCUGGCAUUCUGACUGAACUCUUUCCUUAUAGCAAAUACAAAAUGUACAUGGUGGUGGCUAAUAGAGAAUACGAGGGACCACAAAGCAACACUGUGGAGUUUUACACCAAGGAGGGAGAGCCAGGGGCUCCAAAGUACUUCAAGAUUCAGAGGCACACAGACGUGGUUCACCUGAAGUGGGACAAGCCUCUCGAGCCAAAUGGUAUCCUAAUUGGAUACACACUCCAGUACCACACAGUGAAUGGGACUCAAGCGGGGGAGAGGAAGGUCCAGAGUUUUCCACCCAAUGUGACGGAGUACAUAAUGAAUGUGCCUCACCGUUUCACACGCUACAAGUUCUACCUAGCAGCUCGCACGCAGGUUGGGGCAGGAGAGGUGUACGCUGUGGAGUCGCCACAUUUUGCAAAUGAAGGCACCCUAGAUACUGACUCUACAGUUGUAGCGGUUAACUUUACAGAUGCAGUGAUGUUCGAAACCCCUCCUCCUCCCCCUCCCCCUCCCCUCUCCACCACCCCAAUCCCAACAAUACUUGCCCCAGAACCAGCCACACCAGCCCCUACAACUGCUGCUCCACCCAAACCUACUACUACCGCUACUACUACGACAACUACCACAACUACUACUACUACUACUACUACUACUACUACCACAACUACGACAGCUUCCACCACAAUUCUUCCUGUUCGGCCUGUCACUCAUAAAACAGUGGAUUGGAAAAUGCUGGCCCCGAAUGUAAAGAUCUGGAAUCUGACCGUGGAUGCUAACAAUGACUAUGCUAACGUCAGCUGGAAGCACAACUUCUCCGUUGACAGCAGCGAGUUUGUGCUAGAGUUCACACUGGACAGUAAUGGGUCGAUGAGACGUGUACAAGUAAACCAUCAGCCUCCCAUUAAGCUGGCAGGGCUGGUGGCCGGGGCCAAGUAUCGGUUGCGGGUGUAUUCCCAUGAGCACCACUCCAUCAGCAGCGACUAUGUCACGUUCGAGACAGGCAGAGCUUACAAAGAGCAGGAGGACAUUGCUACUCAGGGCUGGUUUAUUGGGCUGAUGUGUGCCGUCGCUCUAUUGGUUCUUAUCCUUCUCAUCGUCUGCUUCAUCAAGAGGAGUCGCGGAGGAAAAUACCCAGUGAGAGAAAAGAAAGACCUCCCAUUAGAUCCUGUUGACCAUAAAGACCAAGACGGAUCAUUUGAUUAUCAUAGCGAUGAGGACAACAAGCCAUUGCAGGGUAGCCAAACCUCCUUGGAUGGGAACGUAAAAGAGAGUGAUGACAGUCUGGUAGACUAUGGUGAAGGAGGAGAUGGUCAGUUCAAUGAGGAUGGCUCCUUCAUUGGCCAAUACACAGUUAAGAAGGACAAGGAGGAGACGGAGGGAAACGAAAGCUCAGAGGCCACAUCGCCUGUCAAUGCCAUCUACUCUCUGGCAUAGCACCCUGGCCAAGGGACGGCACCCCCAGCAGGCCGGAGGGUGGCACUACAAGCAUACAAAUAAAUAUAUAUUCAGAGAGAAUUAUUAAAAAGUAUUCACAUUAAAAGCACUGGAGUGCAUGAUCCUUCUGAACAAGGGAUGGGAGGGAAAAAACAAAUGCAGGUGAGCCGGCUGUUGUUUGGAAACUGUUAAAGAGCCUGUGUUUGAGGAAUUCAGAGUAUCACCUGGGUCCCCAUGCCCCACACAGACUUUAGUGUUUCUUUAGGGCCAUGGGGUGGAAAUGUGGGAAUUUCAAGCUUUUUGUGUGGCUUAUGCUCUUCUUUUUUAUUUUGAAAAUCUUUAAUUGGCCCGUCCCUCCAACUCAUUGUAGCUAGCAUCAAAGAAAAGGAGAUACAAGCACCAGUCCUGUGACAUAUCAACUGUGGGUCGACUCAACUGCAGAAUGUCGGCAAAUACGUUUAUCAUAUUGAUAUUUCCGCAGUGAAUGAUCCAGCAGAUAGAUGCGUCCAAAAACAUGAAUUCUGUAUAGAGUGCUGGCACAGCUUGCUGUGCAAUAUAAAACUAUGCACUAGGUAUUAUCACAUCUUGCUUUUGGGUUGAAAUUGGACUUUAUAAUCUCAUGUUUUUGUUUAUUUUGACUUUGCAAAAAACAAAACCUGUGGUCCUUGAAAAGAUCUAUACUAUAACUGAACGGAUAUCAUGCUUUUAUUUUCACUGGCUGCAACUAUAAAAUGCCACUAUUGCCACCAAUAUUUAUAGGCUGAGGUUAGAGGGCGUCACUUGUAAAUAAUGAAACAAAUACAUCAUUUUGAAGCAUGGUAGUAUUUUAGUGCACAGGACAAUGGAGAGGUUGUACUAAGAAGAGCCGCAAGGAUAUAUACAUUUUUUGUUAAACUUAUAUCAUUUGUUUCUCAUUAAUUUUUUACACUCUUUUUUUAAUCUGCUUUGUUAAGAUCUUGGUGUCAGAAUACAUUUAUUCAGGGAGUCUAAAAAAGUUUGGGGUGCAUCAACACAUUGGUGGAUUGUCAUUUAAGGGUAUUGAGGUAGUAUAAGUAUCCAUAACUCAAUAUAGAGUAUCAGCCAUAAGCACCGAACUAAGAACUAAGCAUUUGGGAAUCAUUCACUGUUAGUAUACAGUUGUCAAAAGAAAAAAAAAAUAGAAAGAAUGAAAGAAAGACUCAAUACAAGGAGAUAGCCCCUUAGAGUUUCACUACUCAAUCAUCCCAGAAGUAAAUAUUGUAGCUACAAAAUGCAGUGCAGAGAAGUGUACAUAUUUGAUAUUAUAUAUGUUUGUAACUGGCAACUCCAGCUAAGGGGUUUAUCUAGUGUUGCAUUCUCUUUCUUUGGAGCGUGGCUGAGACACUGCCCUAAAAACAUGCCACUGUAACUCUAGUGCCACUCAAGGUGGUAGGUUGUUUUAUAGCUUGUGCUCUCACACUACCACCAUUACUUUUUUCUGCACUACAUACAUUCUCUCUCAAGUUCACUCUGUGGGGUCUAAAAGUCUGCGAUCACACUGAAAAUCUGGAGGUUUUGCCCUUUGCUUUAAACCUGGAAAAAAAAAAAAAAAAUGGGGAUGUAGAACACUAUUUCAAGUCACUAAUCAAAUAUAAGCAAAUUUGGAACAUUGUCAAAUCAUGCUGUGAUAACGGAUCAUCAGGUUUUCAUGUUAAUUAAUGUUCAUUUUUCAAUUCAGCUUUUCACUCAAAUCACUAUGCUGAUAAUUUAAUUUAUAAUGAAACAUUUUGUAUUCAAUUAGAAAAAGAAGCAAACUAAUGGUCUCAGACUUUUGGAUCCCACACUAUUUAUAGAUUUUAUUUGUAAAAAAUAAUAGGGACUAAUAUAUUUAUAAUUUAUUGAUGACUGCACAUCCAAAUGCAACAGCUAAUUUGAUAUGAGGUACUCAGCUGUGAUUUUAGCACAUUGUGAAAGCUUCUCUGCGUAAUGUAGGAUAAAAAACUUCAGAGAUCAAGCUAUAUUAGGACCAUAUUUGUGGCCAUGUAAAAUUAUUCAAUUUGAUAUCACUAUGAAAGGGGGUAUGUCUUAUUUGUUAAUUGUGCUGCUCUUUUUAGUAUUAAUGUUGUUGUUGUAUCACAGCUAUUGUGUUAAUAUAUUAGAAUGUAUUUAAUGUAACUUUUACAUAACAAAAAUGGAAAAGUUAUGUAUUUAUUUUUCUCGAAUAGGGCCUCAAUCUUUUAAUCACCUAUGUAGUCAUCAGUUUCCUUUUUUGUUUUUUUGCAGGUUUACUGUAUUACAGUAAAGUAUCUGAAUCCAUAAUGAUUCAUAAUAAAAAAGCUUUUGGUGCAUCCCAAAAUGGAAGACUCCAUGCACAGGUUUGGAUUUGAAUUCAGCCAAAUGGGUGGCUUAGCUGUUGCCUUUGGUAUUUGAAAGAGACUUGUUUUUAUGUCUUGCCAUUUUUAUUGGAUUCGAGGUGACAUAUUGAACCUUCUUAAACGAUUUUCCCUAAUGUCCUUAUUUGAAAGCACCAUUAUUGAUUAUGUAAAUAGCAAAUGCUGUAGAAUUGUACCAUUGUAGCAUUCUGCACAAACCUACUGAGGAGAAACCUUUUUGUAAACAACAUUUGAAUUGUGUUACGCAAAAGAAAUGUUUUAUCAUUUCCUGUUCAUGUAUUACUGCACGACUAGGCCCAGCUGACUGCUCUUUGAAAGGGCUGAAUAUCAGGUCGUAACGUCCUGAUAGGGCUGUGAUGUCUUAUACAAUGCCUUCACAUUAAUGUAAUAUGUGUUUAUGAAGUUCAUCGGGCCACACUGUUGACCGUUCCAUCAAUUCUGCUUUCUCCAAUACCUCAAAGCAAUACUAUCCUCGUUUGCCUUUUUGCUAUUCUGUUUACUGCACAGUAGGCCUAGUCUACCAGUUUUUUCGAGUUCAUAUAGUGAUUUACAUACAAAGACAACUCUUUAGAUCACACAUUCUAGUGUGCUCACAGACUGUAGCUUUGUGAGUGUCGCAGCGUAACAUCAAGGCUAUUCAGAGAUGGAAUUUCAAAGUUGGCUUGAACCCAUUUCACCCCACCUUGCCUUGAACUUCUGCAGCCACUUUUAACAUCUGCACAGAUUGUUGUCCCUGUACCAGUUGUGGUGGACUGGCAAAGUUAAUUAAAUAUAUACUACUAUAUAUUUGUUGGUUGGUAUGUUGCUUACUCUGUCUUUCUCCCAAUGUCAGAUCAUUGUGUACUUAUUAACUGGCAACAUAUUUUCGUUACCGUAAAACAAGAUUGAUGAUAAUUUCCACAACGGACCCCAUGUCAAAUUUUAUUUUAUUUUAAAUACAGCAAAAAUGCCUAUGGUGGUUUGCUGGUUAUUAUUAUUAUGUCCAGGAUAAGUUAAUAUAUUGUGUUUUUCAGCCACUUGUGCAUCAAAGCAGCUUUUAUAAAUUGCAUAUCAUGCAGGUUAACAGUGUUUUUCUGUAAAUCUGGCCAUAGAAAUAUGGCCAAUCAUUAUGUUCACCAUGUAUGCGUGUAUGAUGAGAUGCUGCAACUUAAUCUGCUCAAGACGCCUUUCUUUCAAUUAAAGCUGUCAUUUUCUCAACCUUC